UUCCACUAUGCUCUCGGUGCCAUUCCUUUGGAGAUCGAAUCAAGUUGUAAGUGAAUCUCCAGAUUUAUAUAAAUUUCGCCAAAGAAUCUGGUAACUGUUUCAUACACGUCAGCGUCCCCUCAACCAACAUUGAACUGUUUUACUUCAACGUCAAAUAUCGGUACCGAUUUUUUUAUGACAUUUCGUUUGAAAGAUGUCAACCUAAAUUAGUAUUGUAACUCCUUGUGUUAAAAUAUGGCUUCUAGUUCUUUUAAAAACUCUGGAGAUUUUUUGAGAUGUGAAAAUUGUAAUAAUAAGUGUAUACGACCACAAAGCGCUCAAUAUGACACGGAAAAAUGGUAUUGCUCUCGAUGCAGCAGUCAAGGUAGGAGCGCACACGUUUACCCAAAGCUUUAUUCCGAACAGCAAGAUAAGCUGAUGUUGCUUUCUCGAUCCAAAAGCCAAAUGGGCGUGUGUACCAAUCUGAUGAAAUCUAUCGAAGGUGCGGGUAGCGGGAAAAAGAUGUUCGCCGAUUUGAUCGUUAAUAAGAAAUCGUGCACUCCCAAACCUCCAUAUCGGGAUAUCCAAUUUCGAGGGUCUCUAAUGACCCUAUCCAAAAAACCAGUUCAUUGUCCAUGUGUUCGCUGUCACAGGACCAUUGCGGUGUCAUCCGUCCACUCCCACUUUAAGUAUGAACACAAGCACGUACCCAUACUAAGCACAACGUUGGGUGCGCGCAAUGAAUUAGAAUUAAACCCCUAUACACUAGAAAUCAACCACCCUACCUGCAUUGUCUUAAUCACGCUACCUCAGAAACUUGAAAAGGCUGCAGAUCACGACGAGAGUGCGUUAAAUCCAACCAUGCUUCUUAUGGCAAGCAACAUUAUGAAUAACAAGCUGACCCGAGGUAACGACGAUGAUGAUGACUCAGAUGUUGGCCUAGCACCGUUCGACAAGAUAAUCUUUUGGAUUUGCUCCAACAUUCUCACACAGUCCAAAUGUACCUUGGCCAUAUCGACCAUUUGUAAAUCGAUAAGAAUCAAGUACUACGGUCCUAUUUCGCCAAUAAACGACAACUAUAUCAAACUCUACCAAGAGGGCAAAGGUUUAAUUUUACACCAACUGCAAAUUUUAAAUAUGACCAAUUAUGGUAAAAAACGAUUGGCAAUCGACGUAAUUAUUCACAAGGAACAGUAGGACGUAUGAUCUUUUUUUGCGAAGUUUCUGGACUAUAAUUAUGUAAAUUAUACUUUCUAUAUAUGUAAACAAAACUGUAUUGACUACUUUACUGUGUGUAUACAUGAACGGUUGAGAAUUAUUUGAGUA